GGCUCCGCGUACAGCUGAAGCCGGAGGAGCUCUCUCAGCUCAGGGCCCACCUGGGCGCGGGUCCGCCGGCAGUACCGCACGCAGCACCUGCAGGCACUGAGCGGCUUCGCUCCCGGGGCAGCGCCGCGUUAUCUUCGGCACAAAAAUAAGCGUGAGGAGGCAGGAGCGCUGUCGCAAUUCCUCCCUAGCAGGGAUUAGGGAGCAGCCUGUUGCCGGUAGCGCUCGGCGUUAGACGCAGCGAGGCGGGGAGCGGCCUCAGCACCGAGGCCUUCCCGUCCCGGAGGGGUUGGCCGCCCCGGCCGGGGUGCGCCGGUGGGUGACUCAGCGCGGCGCCCGGUGACCCCCGCCUGGCGGUGGCGCCUCGUCGCGGCUCUGCCCCCUCCUUCGUUCCCUCCCCCACUCUCUCUCUCUCUUUCCCCGCAGGAUCAUCCCACCCCGCCGGGCGGUCACCUCAGCAGGAGGAGUCGCCGCCGUUUCGCCUCCGCUCCCGCAGGACCUGACGGCAGUACGCCUCGCCGCGCCGAGUCCGUCGCCAUGCAAGCAGGGAAGGCAGCCGGGAGCCGGGAGGGCGGCAGGCCCUUACAGCUCACCAUGAAGAGGGGCUACGAGGUGCUCCGCGACCCGCACCUCAACAAGGGCAUGGCUUUCACCUUGGAGGAAAGGCAACAACUGAAUAUCCAUGGACUGUUACCACCUUGCUUUCUCAGUCAAGAUGUCCAGGUUUUGACUAUUCUUAAGAAUUUUGAAAGACUGACAUCUGACUUAGACAGAUAUAUUCUACUAAUGAGUCUUCAGGAUCGAAAUGAAAAGCUUUUCUAUAAAGUGCUGACUUCUGACAUUGAAAAGUUCAUGCCUAUUGUUUAUACUCCCACUGUGGGACUGGCUUGCCAGCAUUACGGUUUAGCAUUUCGGAGGCCACGAGGUCUUUUUAUUACUAUCCAUGACCGGGGACACAUUGCUGCAAUGCUGAAGUCCUGGCCAGAAAGUGUCAUCAAGGCUAUUGUAGUGACAGAUGGAGAACGUAUUCUUGGUCUUGGAGACCUUGGCUGUUAUGGAAUGGGCAUCCCAGUUGGUAAACUGGCACUUUAUACAGCAUGCGGAGGAGUGAAACCUUACGAGUGCCUACCUGUGAUGUUGGAUGUGGGAACAGAUAAUGAGGCAUUGCUGAAAGAUCCUUUGUAUAUUGGGCUGAGACAUAAGAGAAUCAGAGGUCAAGCCUACGAUGAUCUUCUUGAUGAAUUCAUGGAAGCUGUGACUUCAAGUUAUGGCAUGAACUGUCUCAUUCAAUUUGAGGAUUUUGCUAAUGUUAAUGCAUUCCGCCUGCUGCAUAAGUACCGUAACAAGUAUUGCACUUUCAAUGAUGACAUUCAAGGAACAGCAUCUGUGGCGGUUGCAGGUCUUCUUGCAGCUCUCCGUAUCACUAAGAACAGGUUAUCAGAUCACACAGUGUUGUUCCAGGGAGCUGGAGAGGCUGCACUGGGAAUAGCAAACCUAAUUGUUAUGGCUAUGAAAAAAGAAGGGAUGUCUAAAGAUGAAGCUGUCAAAAGGAUAUGGAUGGUUGACUCAAAGGGAUUGAUAGUGAAGGGGCGUGCCUCGUUAACAGAAGAGAAGAGCCGUUUUGCACAUGAACAUGCUGAAAUGAGAAAUCUAGAAGAUAUUGUUAAAGAUAUAAAACCAUCUGUGCUAAUAGGAGUCGCUGCAAUUGGUGGUGCUUUUACUAAACAAAUAAUUCAGGAUAUGGCUGCUUUCAACAAAAAUCCUAUUAUUUUUGCUCUCAGCAAUCCUACCAGCAAAGCAGAGUGUACUGCUGAGCAGUGCUACAAAUACACAGAGGGACGUGGCAUUUUUGCCAGUGGAAGUCCUUUUGAUCCUGUCACUCUUCCAAACGGAAAAACUCUAUAUCCUGGACAGGGUAACAAUUCCUACGUGUUCCCUGGAGUUGCUCUUGGUGUUAUUUCAUGUGGAUUGAAACACAUUGGUGAGGACGUGUUCCUCACAACUGCUGAGGUAAUAGCUCAGCAAGUUUCAGAGGAGAAUUUACAGGAAGGUCGCCUGUACCCUCCUUUAGUCACAAUCCAGCAGGUGUCACUGAAGAUUGCAGUGAGGAUUGCAGAAGAAGCCUACAGGAAUAACACUGCCACCACCUACCCUCAGCCCGAGGACCUCGAAGCCUUCAUCCGUUCGCAGAUGUACAGCACUGAUUACAACAGCUUUGUGGCUGACUCAUACACCUGGCCUGAAGAUGCCAUGAAAGUGAAACUGUAAAUACUCCAUGAAGAAUAAGCAAAUCAGCAGCAGUGGAAAAGCACUUCGAUAUUCAGAACGUUUCCGCCUAGGGAGCCGAAGAGUAGAUAAUUUUGUAAGACUCAGAACAAGUUUUCUAAAUGGUAAUAUUUGAUUAGAAGCUCAGAUUAAGAAGUCAUAAUUAAUGAUACACGAAAAAAUAAAAAUUAAUCUGAGAACUGUAUUUGUGUUGGUUGCUGGUUGUUAUUGCACUUGGUAUGUCCUACACUAUGGCUGUACGCGUUUGUUGAUAUCACAGUGAGUGGCUGUACCUUGAGUUCAGAUUUGUCACGCAUGUCAAUGAGAACUUCAGCAGACAAAUGGUACAGUGGAAGAUUGAGAAAUACAUACGAUGAUUGUUUAAUCCAUUACAAGUCGCAAUGUAAUCUGUGUAAAUUGUCAAGCUGUUACUGAAGAAGAACAGUAAGCUUAGAAAUAUUUUCCUCCACAGAAAAGCCUUACUCGUCGCUCCUGUGAGCAGCAAUGAGUAUUUGCUAAUGACAACCGAACCUGCAGAACCUUUGUUAUUCAGUAGCAUUAAAAUAUUCUAACAAAGAUACAG